AUUCCACUACUAUACCCAUCCCCUUAAAGAACAUCAUUUGAACACUCCAAAUUUAUUAACAAAUCGGUGUGUGUGACACUAAUAAAAACAACCAAAGUACUACAUCAUUUUCCUCGUAAAAUCCAAUUAAACGUUGCUGUUUCUGUGUUCUUUUUUGGUUCAAACUUCCAAAGAUUCCACCUUUUUUGCCUUUUUUUCAAUACCCACAAUUUUUCUCCGCAUGGUUUUCUUGAAAAUCUGGUCUUCUUACACUUCGUUUGAGGUUGUUCUUUGACACCCAUUUCUUGUUUUUGUAAAAUUUGAAGUGGGGUUGUGAGAAAGAUUGGAUUUUUGGUGUUCUUUUUGCACUUUGUUUAAGGUUGUUCUUUGAUUCCCAUAUCUUGUUUUUGUAAAAUUUGAAGUGGGGUUGUGAGAAAGAUUGGAUUUUUGGUGUUCUUUUUGCACUUUGUUUAAGGUUGUUCUUUGAUGCCCAUAUCUUGUUUUUGUAAAAUUUGAAGUGGGGUUGUGAAAAGAUUGGAAUUUUGGUGUUCUUUUUGCACUUUGUUUAAGGUUGUUCUUUGAUGCCCAUAUCUUGUUUUUGACAAUUUUGAAGUUGGGUUGUGAAAAGAUUGGAAUUUUGGUGUUCUUUUUGCACUUUGGUUAAGGUUGUUCUUUGAUGCCCAUAUCUUGUUUUUGACAAUUUUGAAGUUGGGUUGUGAGAAAGAUUAGAUUAUUGGUGUUCUUUUACACUUUGUUUAAGGUUGUUCUUUGAUACCCAUAUCUUGUUUUUGACAAUUUUGAAGUUGGGUUGUGAGAAAGAUUGGAUUUUUCGUGUUUUUUUACACCUUGUUUAAGGUUUGUUUUUCACACCAAUUUCUUGUUUUUGACAAUUUUGAAGUUGGGUCGUGAGAAAGAUUGGAUUUUUGGUGUUCUUUUUGCACUUUGUUUAAGGUUGUUCUUUGAUACCCAUAUCUUGUUUUUGACAAUUCUGAAGUUGGGUUGUGAGAAAGAUUGGAUUUUUGGUGUUUUUUUACACCUUGUUUAAGUUGGGGUUGUGAAAAAGAUUGGAUUUUUGGUGUCUUUUUGGUUUCUUGAAAAAAAAAAAUGAUGGGGAGUGGAAGAAGAGUGUUGAAGUCUUUGCAAGCAGUGGUAGCUCAUGGACUGCUCUUUUGUUUCACUUUGCUACUUGUUCUCAAGCUUGAUCAUGCCCUUCAUCAUUCUUGGUGGGUUGUUUUCGUUCCACUUUGGUUGUUUCAUGUGGUUGUAGCAAGAGGCAGAUUCUCAUUACCUGCUCCAGCAAUGCCUCAUGAUCGACAUUGGGCCCCAUUUCAUGCUGCCGUGGCGACACCGCUGCUUGUUGCUUUUGAACUACUUCUUUGUUGUUAUCUCGACGGCACCUAUGCUCCAAAUUUGAAGAUUGUGUUCGUACCUGUGGUAGCAUUUGAAAUUGCUAUCUUGGUUGAUAAUGUUAGAAUGUGCCGGACUCUGAUGCCUGGAGAUGACGAAACCAUGACUGAUGAGGCUAUAUGGGCAACCCUUCCUCACUUCUGGGUUGCAAUCGCUAUGGUCUUCUUCUUAGCAGCAACAGCAUUUACUAUUCUGAAGCUUUGUGGAGAUGUUGAUGCUCUUGGGUGGUGGGAUUUAUUCAUUAAUUACGGUGUCGCACAAUGCUUUGCCUUUAUUAUCUGCACAAAAUGGUACAACCCCGUAAUUCACACACACUCAAGUCUACGUAAUAUACCGAGCUCGUCAACAUCAAGCAUGCAAUAUCUUAACUGGAGCAGUGGAUUUUUGGCAUCUUUGAAUGACGAUGAUCAACAGGGUGGAUUAUGCAGUUUGCAGGACAUUGGUAGUCAUGUGAUGAAAAUUCCUAUUGUUUGUUUCGAGUUAUUGCUUUUUAUGCGCUUAGCGGGGACCCCACCAAGUGCUAGAUUUAUCCCGAUUCCCGCUCUGUUUAUUCCUCUUUUCCUACUUCAAGGAGCUGGUCUUUUGUUCUCUAUUUAUAGACUCGUGGAAAGAAUUAUUCUUCUUGUAGAUGGUGAAACUGGUGUCAGAAACUAUUUUAGGAUUUCUUCUGUCAUUCGUGAUUCUUUCAGUUUCACGCGUCACGGGACAAGGUUGUUAGGUUGGUGGUCGAUUGACGAAGGAAGCCAUGAAGAACAAGCUCAUCUGUAUUAUGCUGGGACAUCAGGGUACAACACUUUCUCACCUGAUACUGUAAGGAAACUGCCUAAAGCGAAGCUUGUUGAAGAGAUAUGGAGACUACGAGCAGCACUUAGUGAGCAAUCAGAGAUCACACAGUCAAAACAGGACGAGUUCGAAAGACUUCAAAAUGAAAAAAUUCUAUGUAGAAUUUGCUUCGAGGAACAGAUAAAUGUUAUCCUCCUUCCUUGUAGGCAUCACGUCCUUUGCAGCACCUGUUGUGACAAGUGCAAGAAGUGUCCCAUCUGCCGCGUGUUUAUAGAAGCUCGUUUACCUGUAAAUGAUGUGUAGUUACUUCUAUCAGCAAGAACCUUAGCUUCUCUCGAGCUUGUCCUGGCGAUCAGACGAACAAUUUAGAUGGCGAAUGAGGUUUUAUCGAGUCAUGUCAUCGCCGAUUUUUGUACGUGUACUAGUCUGAAUCGAGUUCUCUCUCUAUCUUGUGAACUGUGAAUAUCAUCCACAAGGUUAAUGUAAUUCUGGCAAUAGAUACUGUAAAGCAUUAGUUAUUAUCAGCUCUGUGCAUAUUGUCUCUGAUCUAUCAAAUGUGUGUUGGCAUUUGACAUCUUUGCUAAUUGUACUAUGAAAUUGUAAAUUACUGUCCAUUUAUAAUUUUGGGUGACAGGAAAAGCACAAAUAUAUAGAUGUUACAUUGGGUA